AUGAGUUUUCUAUAUAACCGAGCGGUAUUAAAUUACUGGCUCCAAAAGUUGCAGAAGUUUCCUCAAAUAACAGCUUCAGAGGAAACUAAUAAUGCAGCUGAUGAGGAAUUGGAUAAUAUUGAGGAAGACUUAGGUCUUCAGGAUGAUGAAAUAAGUGGAUAUGUUGAACCAGAGUUUCUAUUUGGACCUGGUUUUUCAAUCUGGAAUAUAAUUGGUUGGAGACGUGAUAAGAAAGUGUUGGAUGAUUCGAUGCUCGAGUUUAAUGAGUACAAAUGUGAGGAAGAAAGUUUCCAUCCAAUAUUGGGAGAUGAAGUUGUUGAAAACAACAGAGAAUUUAUGUGGGACGAUGGUUCUAAACAGUUGAUGUAUACUGAAGAAUGUGUUUCUAGUGACAAUGGUGUAGAAUUAGAAAGAGUUGCAAAAUCAAUAUUUUAUUACAAUUUUAGUGUGGAAAGUGCUAAGAAGGAAUCUGUGGGAAAAGAUUCGGAAGAAACACAUUCUGAACCAAAAAAGGAAAACAAACAUGUUGUGGCUCAAAAUGUUGAUCUUGAUGAAUCAAACAGUGGGAUUAAAGAUAGUGAAGAGCCAAAUAUUUUACCUGAUCCCACAUUUUCACUUUGGAAUACUAUUUGUGAAUGGUUUCCGAAAAGAGUCCCUGAGAAUGUAGUUAGAAAUCAUAGAGUUGAUGAGACUACUUGGGAUGAUACAAUGUUCGAUUCGUUCGAAAAUGCCUACGAGGAGAAAAGUGUCCCUCCUAAUUUGGCGAGUGAAGUUGUUGAUAAUGAGAGGCAUAUUUAUUGGAAUGUAGAUUCUGAAGCAUCAUACUAUGCAGAAAAAUGGAAUUCUGCGCAAAUUUGCGAUGAUGAUGCUACAGUAGAAAGGUAUUUAUUAAACCUUUAAAGCAAAAAA